CAAGGAAUAGCCAACAUCUAUGAACAAAGAACCCACUAUAUAAUUUUGCACUUUAAGAACGUUUUUCUGUUAGUCAAUCUUGUGUGAUGUUUCAAACCGAGAAUUUCAAAGAUAGUGUAGGCCGGUUUGCGCGGUGUGUGAGAGAGAGAGGGUGCGAGAGAGAGAGCGCUCAGCUGUAUCCAAAGAACAGCGUUUCACUUUCUGAAGUGCAUGGAUUUUAACUGGAAAGCCCACUGAGAGAGGGAACGUCGUGCGCUCUAAUGAACAGACCCAAAAUGUGAUAUUCUAACAGAUCGAUCCAGUUGAUAAGGACUGCGAAUUUAUUUUGGGAUUGUAUUACUUAAAUAGCUUAUUCGGCUACUUUUACAAACGACCAUACCACUGCUAGGAUACCUUGAUAGUCUAUCUGAUUGAAAUGGUGCGAUGUUCCAAACAAUACUCCAACGCGUUGACUUUUGGUUGAUUUACCUGACAGUUGUACUAUGUGGAGCUUCAGGUGCAGGAGUGCACAGUUGCCAUGAGGUUAAAACGGCGUUUCAAUUGCGCCAGAUCGGUCCGUUGAAAUGGGUCCCCGAGGCACCUGGAACAGAUGGCGAGCUGCAGAUCUGCAAGCACACAGGCCCGUCGUGUUGCACACGCAAGAUGGAGGAGAGUUACCAGGCAGCAGUGCGCAGAGAGACUCUCCAGAAUAUCCGUUCCUACAGCUUUGAGCUCAAGUACCUCAUCGUGGGCCACGCCUCUGCCUUCCAGGACACGUUCCAGUCUCUGCUAUCCUUCACUCUGAACCUGACCACUGGUCUGUUUGACAGUGCCUAUGAGCCCCUCUCCCAGGACGCUCGCCCCCUGGUGGCAGACCUCUUCUCCGACCUCUCUCUCUUCCUGGGAGGAGACGGCAACACCUCCAUGGAGCGCUCUGUGCACCGCUUCUACGACAACCUCUUCCCGCUGGUUUACCGGCGUCUGGUCAACCCUGGGCUGGCCUCGGCCCCACCCUUCUCUGAGCACAGCGAGUGUCUGCGCAUGACACGCCAGGAUGUCAACCCAUUUGGGUCCCACCCCCGUGUCCUGGCCGAGGGGCUGACCCGCGCUCUGAGCGCAGGACGGGCACUGAGCCAGGCGCUGGUGAUAGGGGCAGAGGUGCUGAAUGCCACAGAGCGGGCGGGGCUGGCCAGGGAGUGUGGGCGGGCUCUGGUGAGGAUGCAGUACUGCCCCCACUGCAGGGGCCUGACCCUGAUCCGGCCGUGUGGAGGACUGUGUCUGAAUGUGAUGCGGGGCUGCUUGGUAGGGCUCUCGGAGCUGGACGGGCCCUGGAGGCGCUACGUGGCCCUGCUGCAGGAACUGACAGGGGCCCUGGCUGAAGGCCAAGACCUGGAGCUGGCUCUGCAGGGCAUCAGGAACCACGUCAAUGACGCUAUCCUGCACGCACAGCUGCACGGGCCACGUAUCAGUGCCAUCGUUGAUAAAGUGUGUGGGCCUCUCACAGACACUCCGUCAGUGACAAGCAUACGUUCCACCUUGAAGGUCAUGACCUCUGUGAGUACCUCCCCGACCUCGAUGGUGAUGACGUCCUCCCCAGCUGAGGUCACACGGGACCACUUGUCGCAUACCAGGAGGUCCUUUCCUCUGAAACCAUCCAAGAAUAAUAAGCCUAGAAGUCUAAAAAAGAUCUCAAGAGAGUUUAUGGGCUAUAUCCAACGCUACAGGUCCUUCUUCUCUGCGUUGCCAGAGAUGCUUUGUGAGAGUGAGAUGGUGGUGGAUGACUUCACCUGCUGGAGCGGGGAGGAUGUGGUGGAGAGUUAUGUGGGCCGUGUUGUGGGUAACGGCCUUCAGGCCCAGAAAAACAACCCAGAGAUCAAGGUCCGCAGCAUCGACCCCAUCCUGGUGGGAGCUAGAGACAGACUAGAACAUUUCAAAUGGGAAAUGCAGGGUCAGAUGGGCUGGACGACAGACUGGGGGGGGUGGGUGGAGAAGGGCAGUGGGACGAGGGAAGAGGCCAGCGGAGAGUGUGACGAUGAGGACGGAUGUCAAGGAUCUGGAGAUGAAGAUUUAACCAAUGAGAGAGUGGACGUGGCCAGCACUCAUGUUCCUUUUGGGAAGAGCCCAGCAGUCAGGGAGCCCCCAUGGCACGUCCCCACUGCCCAACCCCCACCACAGGUAGCUGUGAGAGCUGCGGGUCACACCCCAACACCCCACCCAGCUAUCACCAUCACCCUCAUCCUCCUGUCUGCCCUGGCGUUACCAUGGCACCCACUCUGAAACCCCCUCCGCUAAUCACACCGACUGAGCACACAUGAGAGGUGGGGAGCAUUCACAAGAAGGAAAAGCAGGAAGAGGAGGAUGAGAAAAAGGACAAGAGGAGGAGCUCGCCAGCGAACCUGUUGCUUUCCCUCAACUGCUCCCUGUUUGUUAGUGGGAGCUGGGCUGCAUGGCUGUGUUUGUGCGAUGUAGGAUGUGUCUCAUAAAAUCUCUCUCUCCCUUGCUGCCUUCUCCACUGCUGCCUUCUCCACUGCUUUUUCCUCACUGCCUCCUCCUCUCUGGUUCUCUGGACUGCCUGGUCUGUUGACCAUCAGAUGUGGCCAGCUACACAUCCCACUGCUCUCUAGUAGGGACAACCAUGGUUCUGGUGGUUCUCCUGCGGUCCUUAGAUUUAGGAACAGUAAAGUUCACAAACAGUGCUGAACUGAAGAAUGUAAUCAGGCCCUACAAAGACAAUCUCUCCUCACCUCUCUACACGCAAAGUCAACCGUCAUGUUCUCUGGAGUCUCUCCAUUUGUUACUUAGUUUGCAUUUGAUUAUGCCACCUGUUAAUAGUCACCGAGCAUACUAUACAUGUUUAUAUGGUCCCAUGUGGGACUUAUAUUGUGUAUUCAUGUGUGGGUAUUUGUUUGUGUGUGUUUAUUUACCUAUAUUUACGUCUACAUGUUUCGUGAAAAAGUAUUUGCCCUUUUCUGAUUUUCUCUAUUUUUGCAUAUUUUUGAUACUGAAUGUUAUCAGAUCUUCAACCAAAAGCUAAUGUUAGAUAAAGGGAACCUGAGUUUACAAAUAACAAAAACAUUUAUACUUAUUUUAUUUAUUUAAUUAACAAAGUUAUGCAACACCCAAUUCCCCUGUGUGAAAGGUAAUUGCCCCCUUACACUCAAUAACUGGUUCUGCCACCUUAAGUUGCAAUGACUGCAACCAGAUGCUUCCUGUAGUUGUUGAUCAGUCUCUCACAUCGCUGUGGAGGAAUGUUAGCCCACUUUUGAAUGCAGAACUGCUUUAACGCAGCGACAUUUGUGAGUUUUCAAGCAUGAACUGCUCGGUUCAAGUCCUGCCACAACAUCUCAAUAGGGAUUAGCUCUGGACUUUGACUAGACCAUUCCAAAACUUCAUAUUUGUUGCAUUUUAGCCAUUUCAUGUAGACUUGAUUAUGUGUUUUGGAUCAUUGUCUUACUGAAUGACCCAGCUGCACUUCAGCUUCAGCUCGCAGAUGGAUAG